AUAAGACCGAAAAAAGUUAUUUCUGUACCUAAAAAUGUAACAGACACUUCACAAAAAGUAUUUGAUGUAGAAACGGAAAGGACUUGUGUAAACACUGACGUUGAAAUGGAAGAUGAGGACAAAGCACACAAGAGUAAAGUAGCUAAAAUCACAUUUAAAACUGCUAAGGAAACGUUACUUGCGUCGAAUCCAGCUGCCAGACGUACUUUGGGUGCUUCAAGGAAGGCUCAAGCUAAAUUUGUGUCUCCAAUGCUUGGUGCUCAAGAAAAACAAGAAGUCAAUGAACCUGCAGUAACAGACGAAAGAUUGAAACACAUUGAUCCUAAAAUGAUCGAGCUGAUUGAGAGUGAAAUUAUUGACAAGGGAGCUCCAAUUUGCUGGGAGGACAUAGCUGGUCUGCAGGAAGCCAAGAAUGUGAUCCAGGAGGCUGUGGUGUGGCCACUGUUACGACCAGAUAUCUUCACUGGCCUGCGACGACCACCACGUGGUGUCCUUCUAUUUGGUCCACCAGGCACUGGGAAGACUUUGAUUGGCAAGUGCGUGGCGGCGCAAUGCCGAGCAACAUUCUUCAGUAUCUCUGCUUCAUCAUUGACAUCCAAGUGGAUCGGAGACGGAGAGAAGAUGGUGCGCGCGCUGUUUGCAGUUGCGCGCUGCCACCAGCCGGCGGUGAUAUUCAUAGACGAGAUCGACUCUCUGCUGAGCCAGCGCGGCGAGGGCGAGCACGAGGCCAGCCGCCGCCUCAAGACCGAGUUCCUGGUGCAGCUGGACGGCGCCGCCACCAGCGAAGACGAUCGCAUACUAAUAAUCGGUGCCACGAACCGACCUCAGGAGCUGGACGAAGCCGCGAGACGGCGACUAGUUAAACGACUGUACAUUCCAUUGCCGGAUGUCGAAGCGCGGACGCAAAUAAUCUGCAACCUGCUGCGGCACGAGGCGCACGCGCUGUCGGGCGCGCAGGCGGCGGAGUGCGCGCGCCUCACGGCCGGCUACUCGGGCGCCGACAUGCGGGCGCUGUGCGCGGAGGCCGCCAUGGGGCCCCUGCGCGCGCUGCCGCUGGACCAGAUCGCCACCGUCGACACUGCGCACGUGCGUCCAGUAAAUAUGCAAGACUUCAAAAUGGCACUUCAAAGAGUUCGACCCAGUGUCUCGCAGGACGAUCUCACUCAAUACAUUAAAUGGAACAACACUUACGGUCACGGAUCUUAAUUUUAUUCAAUACUUUUUUAUAAAUAAAUAUAAUUUUGUUAA